GCCAUGACAUUUGUUUCGCAGAUCCCUUUUAGAACGUGCAAGGAGUGAAGCGUACUUUUCGUUAAUUCUGCUCAUCAAUACACUGAUUUAUUCAAGAAUACAGACUUAUUUUCCAAUUAAAAGUACUGCAUAACUCCAUGAGAAUGGCAUACAGAGAUCGUGAACGUGGUGACAGAAGAGGAGGUGGAGCACGUGGGGGUGGUCGCUUUGGUGGUCGAGAUGGCAGUAGUGGAGGUGGUAGAUUUGGUAGUAGUUCCAAUAGAGAUAGUAAUUUUGGAAACAAUAAUUUUAAAAACCGUCAGCCUGGGGAACGUCUUCGUAAACCAAGAUGGGAUAUGAGUACAUUACAGCCAUUUAGGAAAGAUUUUUAUGAGCCACAUCCUAAUGUCACUACUCGUAGUACACACGUAGUUGAAGCCUAUCGUUCAGAUAAAGAGAUUACUGUAAAAGGGACAAAUAUACCAAGUCCAAACAUAUUUUUUGAGGAAGGUGGAUUCCCAGAGUAUGUACUAAAUGAAAUUCGCAGACAAGGUUUUGGGGAACCAACUGCAAUUCAAGCACAAGGUUGGCCUAUUGCUUUGUCUGGACGUGAUAUGGUUGGAAUUGCUCAGACAGGAUCUGGAAAAACAUUAGCGUACAUUUUACCAGCAAUUGUACAUAUAAAUCAGCAACCUAGAUUAAACAGAGGAGAUGGUCCUAUAGCUCUGAUUCUAGCCCCAACAAGAGAGCUUGCACAGCAAAUUCAACAAGUUGCAUCAGAUUUUGGAGUUUCAUCACAAGUGAGAAACACUUGUAUUUUUGGUGGAGCUCCAAAAGGUCCUCAAGCCCGUGACUUAGAACGAGGUGUUGAAAUUUGUAUAGCAACACCAGGACGUCUCAUAGAUUUCUUAGAACGUGGUACAACAAAUUUACGUAGAUGUACAUAUUUAGUACUAGACGAAGCUGAUAGAAUGCUUGACAUGGGCUUUGAGCCUCAAAUUAGGAAAAUUGUAGAACAAAUCAGACCCGACCGACAAACUCUUAUGUGGUCAGCAACCUGGCCAAAAGAAGUUCGUAACCUUGCCGAAGAAUUUUUAACUGACUAUAUACAAAUUAACAUUGGUUCUCUGCAAUUAGCAGCUAAUCAUAACAUUCUUCAAAUUGUUGAUGUGUGUGAGGAAUUUGAAAAAGAGGGUAAACUUAUGAAACUCUUAGAAGAAAUUUCAAAUGAACCAGAAAAUAAAACUAUUAUUUUUGUCGAAACUAAAAGGAAAGUGGAUGAUAUAACACGUGCAAUUAAUAGAUAUGGAUGGCAAGCAAUUGGCAUCCAUGGAGAUAAAAGUCAACAAGAAAGAGAUUAUGUAUUAAAUCAAUUCCGGAAUAGCAGAUCUGCCAUUUUAGUAGCUACGGAUGUUGCAGCGAGAGGAUUAGAUGUGGAAGAUGUUAAGUUUGUGAUAAAUUUGGAUUAUCCGUCCAAUUCUGAAGACUAUGUACAUCGUAUCGGACGUACAGGACGUUCACAGCGUACGGGAACCGCGUACGCAUUUUUCACACCUGGUAAUGCACACAAGGCUAGUGACUUAAUUCAAGUUCUAGAAGAAGCGAAACAAGUAGUGAAUCCUAAACUGUACGAACUAUCAAGGAAUCCAGGAAUUUAUAAAAGAGGUCGUUAUGGAGGACGUAGCGGAGGUGGUAGUGGCCGCGGUUCCGGAGGUCGUGGUGGCGGUUCUCGAGGCUCUCGAGGAGGCCGAGACGGAGAUAGAGGUGGACGAUUUGAUCGUUCCAAUGGAGGAGACCGAGGGAAUAAAUGGAAUGGAAAUAAUAGCAGUAUAGCUUCAAAUAAAAAUUGUGGUAUUGGAGGAAGUAAUUAUGGUAGUAAAACUUUCUCUCAAAAUAGUUAUAGUGGAGCUUCCGGUGGUGGCUCCAGCAGUUACAGUCAAAAUGGCAGUGGGUAUGGAGGAAGUGUGGGUGGUGGAAGUAGUUAUAGACAACAAAAUGGUUAUUAAUUUAAAAACGAUUAAUUUUAAACGGGAGAUAUAUGUAAUAUAGUAAAAAUGAAAACGGACAGAAGAAGCAAUGUCUUAUCUGAAAUAGAACAUUUUCAAUAUAACGUGCUUCUUAUUUGGAUACGGAGU